AUGCCGGGCAAGCGCUACUUUGACGAGUCCGCUGGCGAUGCGAGCACGAGCACGGGCACGAGCACGAGCGCAUCCAUGGCCGCUGCAGCAGCCGAAGUGAGCGCUCUGGAAGCAGCUUCUUCAAAUCCUGCAAGCGCAUCUCAUCAAGCUUCAGCAACGCGAGCACGCGCCACGCUCUUCGUCUCUCGUCUUCCUUUCAGCGCCACCUCUACCGACCUGUCGACUUUCUUCAGCGAUGUCGGACCUCUCCGAAGGGCAUUUGUGGUGACGGAUAAGCAAAAAGGCUCUUCCAAAGGUGUUGGGUACGUCACUUUUGCGGAUGCCAAGGAUGCGCAAAGGGCGCUGGAAGAGAUGCAGGGCAAGACGCUGGAUGGUGGGAAAGGCAGCAAGUCGAGGAAGAUUGAAAUCGUUUGGGCGGAUGAGAAACCUACGCUCAAGGAGAGGAAGAUGGGAAAGCAGAGCUCUUCUGCUGCUGCUGCUGCUGCUGCUGCUGUCGUCGAAGAUGGGAAGACGGAUGACGCAGCUGUCACUGUUGCGCAAGAUGCGACGGAUCAGACUUUUGAACGACCAGCGAGCAAGAAACGCAAAGUGUCAGCAGAGAAUGGCGCGACUUUGGCUUCCGAGGCAGACGCCACGCGCACAGUCAUCAUCAGCGGUUUGUCGGCGUGCGAUAGCACAUGCAGCGACAAGACGCUGUACAAGCGAUGCCGAAAGAUCGGACCGGUGGAAAGGGUCGUCUACCCAGCCGUCGAUCCUCUGGCGUUGAGCGCGCAAACAGGCGAGGUAAAGGAGGUGCAAGCCUCGGCAGAUGUUGCGCAUGCCAUCUUUGCGACUCCCAAUCAUGCCGCUCUGGCAGUGGAGAAGCUGGACUCGCACGUCUUCAAGGGUGCGCCUCUUUCAGUCGUGCUCAAAAAGAAGGCAGAAGCGGCUGCUCGAUUGGAAGCGCACAUGAAGCCAGAAACGAAGCUGAAGCGACAAGCUCUGAUGGAUAGGCUGUUGAGCGCUGCUCGAGUCGAAGCAAAGGCGGUCGGUAGAGCGUUGACCUUUCAAGAAAAGAUGGGCCACGUGGGCAAAGAGAGCAGAUUGAUCCUCAGGAAUUUGCCCUUUGAUAUCAGAGUGGAGGAUCUCAGAGCUACAUUUGCCGCUUUUGGGCCCAUCUAUGGCAUCGAUUUGCCUCAACUCGUCGUGGAGCCCAAGAUUGCUGGGGGCGAUGAGGGAGAGGCAGACGCAAAGAUGGAGGUGGAUGGCGAAAAGGACGAAGCUGCUGAGGUGCCAAAAAAGACAAGAGGACGCGGAUUCGGUUUCGUGUGGAUGGUGCAUCGACGCGAUGCGGAGAAGGCUCUGUCUGGCAUCAAUGGCAAGUCGCUCCAGCGCGGACUUGCCGAGAAGGCGCAGCUGAAGGCUGCUACGGGCAAGAGGGAGAGAGAGGCUGCAAAGGCUGCAUUGGAACAGACUAGCGCAGAAGCUCAGGCGGAGAGAGUGGUGGCGGUGGAUUGGGCGCUCGAGAGAUCCGAAUGGGAAGCUAGAGCGGAAGAGACGGACGUUGAGACGGAUGCGGAGAAUGAGCAGGAUGGUGAAAGCGAAAAGGAUGGCGAGGAAGAGACUGAUGAGGGAGACUCUGAUCUGGAGCCUAUUCCCUUAGACGAAGAGGAUGACGAAAGCGACACGAGCUCGUCGCAGGGUGAAGAAGAGGAAGAUUCGCAACAUGCAGAAGGCGAGGCAGCUGGGAAACCGACCCUGCCCUCGCCUGAUCAAGGAUGCACCCUCUUUCUUCGCAAUCUGCCCUAUCAAGCGACAGAGGAUGAGCUGAAGGAUCUUUUCCGACACUUUGGACCAUUGAGAUACGCGCGCAUCGUCAUGGACAAGGCGACGCAACGCAGUCGAGGAACAGCCUUUGUCUGCUUUUGGCAGACGGAAUCCGCGGAUGCCGCGCUUCGACGUGCUCAGCUGGUCGAGACGGAGUCCGGCACAGGUCAACAAGGACGCGCACCUCAAGCUGCAGGCGCCAAAAAUCCCUUCUCGGCUCCUUCGGUGCUCACUGCGGACGCUUCGGCACCUCUUACCGCCUCGCUUAGCUUGCAUGGAAGAGUGCUUUCCGUCGUGUCGGCCGUGGCAAGGGAGGAAGCUACAAGUUUGGAAGCGAGCGCUAGAGCGGCUAGGGAGAGGAGCGACAAGAGGAACACACACCUGAUGAGAGAAGGCGUACCCUUUCCGAACAGCGAGCUGAGCAGACUGAUGAGCGAAUCAGAGAGGGAAAAGAGGUUGAACAAUUUCGGCAUCAGGAAAGCUCAGCUAGGAGCGAAUCCGGCGCUCUACAUCAGCAAGACGAGACUGAGCGUCAGACAGCUUCCGCUCUACGUCUCUGAUCGGACGCUGAAAAGAUUGGCGCUGCACGCUGUGAGAUCCUUUGAUCAGGAAGUCAAGGAGGGCAAGAGGCCGGAUCUGACAAGGGAGGAAAAGGAAGACAAGACUUUGAGCGCUGCGAUUGUCGGAGCGGACGGCAAGAUCCAGACGAGGAGAGGAGAGAGAUUGACGGCGGUGGUUCAGACCAAGGUGAUUCGACAGAUGGAUAGAUUGGAUCCCAUCACUGGCAAGGGGAGAAGUCGAGGGUAUGGGUUUGUGGAGAUGAGGAGCCUGGUCGAUGCGCUCAAGGCUGUGAGGUGGAUCAAUGCUACCAAGGUCUCCCAGCUGCUUCACGAAUGGCUGGUCGGCGAGCUGGAAGAUCUUGUCAAGCUGCUGAACAAGACUGGAGAGAAGGAUGCGGAUAAAAGCGACGCGAGCAAGACGGAGAGAGAAACGCGAAUCAGACGGGUCAAGCAGAGGAUGCAAGAGCUGAAAGAUGGGAAGGGGGCUAAAGCGGAAAGAGGAGGCUUGAUUUUGGCCGAAUUUGCGGUGGAGAAUAGCGCGGUGACAAAGAAGAGGAGGGAGAGGAACGAAUCUGCCAAGAAUAAGGAUGGAGACAGAAAGAGAAAGGUGAGACGGGCAGCGCGGGGCGGGGAGGGGGGCAAAUAACGCAAGGAUUUUGCUUCUCUCCUUCUUGACUGGACGCAAGCUGACGUUGCUGAGCUUCUUUUUGGCGGCAUAGGAACGCUCAACGGACGAUGAGCGCGACACUAUCAGCUCGGACAGACGGGGCGCGUCGAGCAGGGGAAGAGGCAGGGGAGGAGGAGCAGGAGCAGGAGCUAGCCGAGCAGACUUUUCAGCAGCAGCGCGGCGUGGAAAGAUGGAGGAGAAGGCGAAGCGUUGGCCACGCUUUGAUCAGAGCACGCGCAAGAAUUUCGUCGGCGCUGCUGAUAAGUCCGCCGCCGCCGAGAGUGCGAAUCGCGCACCUUUGAGCGGCGCUUCCAAGGAGGGCAAAAGUUGGGUAGGAGGAGCUAUUGGCAAGGCGAGAGCGCUGAGAAAGAGAAAGAGAGGCGCGGCUUAG